AUGGGCUCAUUCGACCACCAAAGAUCUGUUCCGAAAUUCAAAUCAGCAACUCCAUCUCCACUCCCUCUAUCUCCAUCACCUUACUACUUCUCUAUGCCCCCUGGUCUUUCUCCCAACGACCUUCUCGACUCUCCUCUUCUCUUCACUUCCUCUAACAUUUUGCCAUCUCCAACCACAGGAACGUUUCCGGCGCAAACUCUUAACUGGAAGAACAAUGGUUUGCUCAUCAACAAGAAUGAAAUCAAACCUGAAGAUGGAAAGGAACAUUUUGAUUUUGUCUUCUCUAGUACUAUUAUUACUCAGACCGCUAAAAACCAGACUUCUCCUCCCCUGUUCCCAUCAUCUCCUCUAACCCAACUUGAUGUAUCCAAACCAUCGCAUACGAGUAACAAAGCCUCAGACGAUGGCUACAAUUGGCGCAAAUACGGGCAGAAGCAAGUCAAAGGAAGCGAAAAUCCAAGGAGUUACUUCAAAUGCACUUAUCCAGAUUGCCUCACAAAGAAGAAAGUAGAGACGUCUCUUGUGAAGGGUCAUAUCACUGAGAUUAUCUAUAAAGGAAGCCACAAUCAUCCCAAGCCCCAAUCCACGAAGAGAUCAUCUGCUUCCACUGCAGCUACACAUAACAUUGAGUCCCAGCAGAGUAGCAGUAGUCAUGGAGAGAAUCAAGAGUUUGGUGAAGAUGAAGCAGAUGCCAAGAGAUGGAAAAGAGAAGAGAAUGUGAAGGAGCCGAGAGUGGUGGUUCAGACAACAAGUGAUAUCGACAUUCUUGACGAUGGCUACAGAUGGAGAAAAUAUGGUCAGAAAGUCGUCAAGGGAAAUCCCAAUCCAAGGAGCUAUUACAAGUGCACAUUUGCAGGAUGUUGUGUAAGGAAGCAAGUGGAGAGAGCAUUCCAAGACGCCAAAUCAGUCAUCACCACUUACGAGGGAAAGCACAACCACCACAUCCCUACCCAAAGAAGAUGA